AAAAGAUUAAGAAAUAUGAAACCAUUAUCAAUUUUUAGAACCCUCUCCAUGGGGGUUCCUGCGAGGCUAUCGGCUUUUUCCGCAGGCGCUCCUUUGCCUAUCAUAACCCCAUUUCACCACCACCUCACGGCAGAGUUAGUAACCCUUUUACCACCACCUGUUUCUGAUCAGCAUUGGCUAUGUCAUGCCCUUGAUGCAUCAAUCAACACCCAGAAGAUAGCACUGGAGUCAGUCAAGAACACCACUAUUGGCGAUGCCUUGUAUCGACAAGAAUCAAGUCAAAAAUCCAUUGAGGAAUAUCUUGAUGGUGGCAGCAUCAAAUUGCUUGAUUCAUGCAAUGAAGUGCUGGAGAAAAUACAAGUUAUUCAUGAAUUUGUAAAGUCAUUAAAGGUAGUUUUACAUUUGCUUCAUCAAGGAAAAUGUGAGCCCAGUCCAAUAACUUCAGCUCGUGCAAGAAACAUGUUAGAAGAGACAUGUGAUGUUAUGGAAAGGAGGAUGAAUGAAGACAUGAAAAAUCACAAGUCCAGAUCAGGUUGGAGCAGCUUGAAGAAAUUAUCGAGUAGAAAAAAGCUAGCCCACUACGGUUCAGCAAACAAUCAGGAAAUGGGAGAAUUAGGUGAGAUCUUGAAAGGUUCCAAGGACGUGGCAUCAGUGGUGUGUCAAAUUCUUGGACUAGCUCUGUCAUCUAAAUCAUCAAAGCAUAGCUUAAUAACAUCUCAGUACUGUAAGCCAAUAAUCACCUCUUCUUGGUCAUGUUCUUUAAGAAAGCUGCAAAAUCAAGUGGAGAGGGAAAACAAUCACCAAGAAGGUGAAAAACGCAGCCCAGCCAUGCUCUCAGAAUUGCAACAGACAAUGGCAUUGGUAGGGGAAUUGAGGAGGAAGAAUCAUAUUGGAGCUGCGAGGCAGAGAGAGACUGUUGAGGAGUUGGAUAGAAGUUGUGGGAAAUUAGAGGAUGAGAUUAGAAUUUUAGAGAAAAGAGUGAGGGACUUGUAUAGACAUUUGGUUUCAGUUAGGAUGGCUUUAUUGGGAAUUUUGUCCCAACCCUAAAUUUUAGAGGAUAGUCUUUGAUUAUUGGUUUUUUGGAUUUUGAAGGCCCAAAAAUUGAUGUAUAGACAUACAC